UCACUCCGCUUCGCUGCUCUACGAGCUGAGCCAGCACCGGACACAAACCAGGACACAACGUUUCACGAAGCGGAGUGUGUCUUCAUCACUGCGCGCGUGAGAGAGAGAAGUCGUGCUGGCGAUGUCUGGAUCGUACUGCAAAAGUUUGUACCCGUUCAGCGGGGAGCAGCACCAGCAGGGACUGAGCUUCGAGGCCGGGGACAUUAUUAAGGUGGUCCAGGCUCUGCCCGGGGGCUGGUGGGAGGGAGAGCUGGACGGAGCCAGAGGAUGGUUCCCCUCGAGCUAUGUCCAGGUCCUGGAGAGGACAGCCUCUCUGAGUCAGCUCCCUGUUGAGGACCUCAAAGACCCUCUGCCUCCUCAGUGGAGAUGCUACAUGUCUCCACAAGGGCGGCGAUACUACGUCAACACCACAAGCAACGAGACGACAUGGGAGAGACCGUCCAGUGCACCUGGGACCCCUAGGACCUCCCUCCGACGUAAGAACUACCUGCCGACAGUGAAUGGAUUUCACUCAGGUGGUAGUCCCUUGCAUCAUGUGGAACAUUCACACAACAGUCUGGUUAGGAAGAGCAGCACAGAGCCACAGAGCCCAGGAUCAAUGUCUCCCACCAGGAAACAGGACAAAGAGACCAUGGUCACGAUUAACUGUGUGACGUUCCCGUCCCUUGCAUGCAUGCCGGAGCAACAGCUGCUGAAACCAAACGAAUGGAGCUACUGUGACUUCUUCUGGACUGAUAAGAAGGAUCCCCAGGGCAACGGCUGCAUCACAGGAUUUGAGGUUUUACUGCAAAAACAGCUAAAGGGGAAACAAAUGCAGAAAGAGAUGGCAGAGUUCAUUCGAGAAAGGAUAAAGAUAGAAGAGGAGUACGCCAAGAAUCUCUCCAAGCUCUCCCAGAUCCCUCUAGCGAGCCAGGAAGACGGGACUCUGGGGGAGGCUUGGGCCCAGCUGAAGAGGAGCCUUGCAGAUGAAGCUGAGGUUCACCUAAAGUUCUCCUCCAAGCUCCAGAGUGAAGUGGAGAAGCCUUUUUUGGCCUUCAGGGAGAACUUUAAGAAGGACAUGAAGAGGUUUGACCAUCACAUCGCCGACCUACGGAAGCAACUGGUUGGUCGCUAUGCAGCGGUGGAGAAGGCCCGUAAAGCUCUGGCUGACAGACAGAAAGAGCUGGAGGUGAAGACUCAGCAACUGGAGAUCAAACUCAGCAACAAGAUUGAAGAAGACAUCAAGAAGGCCCGCAGGAAAUCCACACAAGCAGGAGACGAUCUGAUGCGCUGUGUCGACCUGUACAACCAGUCUCAGUCCAAAUGGUUUGAGGAGAUGGUCACCACAAGUCUGGAGCUCGAGCGGCUGGAGGUGGAGCGGGUAGAGGUGAUCAGACAGCAUCUGUGUCAGUACACCACCCUUCGACAUGAGACAGACAUGUUCAACCAAAGUACGAUGGAGCCGGUGGACCAGCUGCUGCAGUGUGUGGACCCAGCCAAAGACAGAGAGCUGUGGGUGCGGGAGAAUAAGACUGGAGAAAUCAGGCCAGUGGACAUAGAGAUCUGACCCCAGUGCUGUCUUACAGCUCUGCACAUGCACUCAGAAACUCUGUUCUAGAGGCUACAUGCCUGAGGACUGACCUGGAGAUGAAAUCUGUGCUGGCAUCUUCACCCAGCCCUCCACUGAUCCACUUGUGACUCCUAACAGACUGAGGGAUGAUCAGUCAGUGCUCACUGGCUCUAGCAACCUGCUGAAGACGGAGACAGUAUUUGGGGAGUAUUGUGAGGACCCUAAGCGAUGAAUGACGAUGUCAGAUGAUGACAGGUGGUGAUGCCCAGCUGAGAUGGCACAGCCAAAUGGACACUAUGAGUGUGAAUCGUGAGGCGAAUGACCAAGAAGCACCUACAAUGAACAUUUAACACCUGUAAAUGUAGAUUAGCUUUAUGUCAUGCAGCAGUGUAUGUUGCAGCUUGUUUGUACUUUUGCUCUGUGAGAUAAUUCUCUGAUUCACUUUUGUGUCGACACACGUGACUUCUGCAAGUUUAAAAAAUAUAUUUAACAGAUGCUGCUAAGCCAAAUGCAUUCAGACCUAAUAGUGUAAUUACCAUGUUCAAGAAUGAGACUAAAGUAUUUAAAUACUAAUAUCCACUUGCUAAGCCCCGCCCACCCUUGCUUCUGUUUGCUAAGCCUGUAACCCAUUGCACAUAUUAAGUUUACAAAAACCCAAUUAUAUCUUUUUGAAACAAUAUGUCAGCAGAAAUAAACAUUUUCAUAGGACUCAUCUGUUUAACUUAUAUUUAGAGUUUAAUGUCAGGCAUAAUUAGGGCGUGGCUGCUCCCAGAUCGCUAGCUGCUAGCUGUCUCCUCUGCAGUGUCACCUGGACCCUCCUCAGCUCCACCAACGAUCAACCCCAUGUUUGGAUUAGUUAUGCAGUCUUCACUGCUAAGACGGUUACUGCCAGAGCCACCCACUUUGAGCUUUACAGCUAGUAAUAUCCCCUAGUAUUAUAAUUAAAAUGUAAUUGAAAUGGUGUUAUAAUAUGAGUUUGGUUUCAAUGCUGCUCAUUAUACAAAAUAAAUCAACAUUAUAAUUCACCUUCAUGAGAGAAAAGGCUGUACAAAUGAGAGACAACUUGUGAGUUUGACAAACGUAACACUGUGACUCCGCUGGAUUUUUUUGUAAAUUACCAUUGGAAAUGACGCAAGAUACUACUGAAGGUAGCAAAUGUUAGGUAGCAACAUGCUAACUUUUACAUGCAGCCUACGUUAGGUUAGACACAUCCCUUACAUUUAGUUUUUUGGGGUUUUAAGAAAAAACACCAACCAUUAUCAGACAUAAUAUUGCUAUUAUAAGUUUAUGCAUGUUGAGAAAUCCAAAGCCUGACAGGCUGGCUUUGCCUAGAUACGGUUGCUAAGCUAUGAUUGUAAGUAACUGCUUGGUCGGGGUUUAGUAAACGUCAAAUCACAAAUCUGGCCACACUUAUUAACAUCUUGGAAACAAUUCUCAAAUCUUACAUUUUGUUUCCACCAGUGGUUUACUUUAUUCCCAAUAAGACUUAAGAAUCAGCCAAUUGCCCUUUAUACCCAUGUUUUAUAAAAUAUUUUGUCAAUUGCUGUUCAUGGGAAAGUAUUCUAAAGAGAACUUACUUGUUACACGUUUUAUUACUAAUGGAAUUGGACAUGUUUUGUUAUUUACACAGGGAGCCUGGUGUAGGUAUAUGGAUGUGUGAUCUGCAAUGGAGAUGUAAAAAGAAAUACAUUAUAUACCGAAAUUUGGUACUGAUAAUAUAUGGAAUACACAAAGUGGUUUUUAUGCAACAUAUACAUAUAAGUAACAAUCCUCUAAAAUAUUCUAGUUUUUGAAAUGUAAUUCAGUUUCUUCAGUUAGAUUCAGUGUCAGUGAAGAGAAUAUGUUGUUCAAAAUGCUCUUUUACAGCCAGGUCUUCUCCAGUAUUACUGCUUAGUAUUACUUGACUUUUGAAGGAAGAGGAGUGAGAUGCUUUUGUACAUUAACAGCUAAAGG